UGUGCUGUUGGGUGGCUUUCGUCGUUCCUCUCCUCACAUAAAUAGUGGCCGUCCGAGUGUACGGAAGGUUUUUCCGAAUCUGUCGUCGGUUGUUCGUGUGUUCCGUGCGUUGUUCCCGAGCGUUUUGGAAUCAGUCCGCGCGAUAAGAGACUACUUCCGGAGUGAUUUCGUAGAUUUCGGUGGCUACGUGGAAUUAUCAAUAUCAAUCUGUGCUUGUGUUUUGUGUGAGUACCUACGGGGAUUUUGGGGAAGAUUCCCUCUGGUGAAAAGUGGCCCAAGGGGCAAAAACAUGCAGCAACUUCCAAUCGCCAUCGUCGUCGUCGUCGUAUUUGGCGUGUAGCUUGUUUUAUUGACACGGUGUCAGUCGUCCAUCGCCGCAGCAGCAGCAGCACGACGAAACCGAUUCCAGCGAAGGAAGUUGCAGCAGCAGAGAAAUAAUAAACCAUACAUUGUACACACUGAAGAAACAACGAAAGGUGUCGGAAUCGGAAGGAGGGCGAAGUGGUCAGUGCUCCGUUUUGUGGUCAAUCAAAGACACCCAUGUUGUGGUGGUGGGGGGAAGACCUAAGCCGGAAGAGGUGCUAAUUGGCUCGAAAAAAAAAGUGGAAUCUCCUUUUUACAAGAAAGUGCUUAUCGGAAGUGUUGUUGGGCUCAACGUAAAUGAUUUAUGGUAACAAAGUAGCGGCGACGACGAAACACAGUAGUGUAGGCAAAAUUUCGUUCCUGUUUAUAUUUCGUUCAGUAGUGAGUGGUCCGUCUGUGUGUAACGUGUGUAUGUGUAACGACAUACGGUGCUGGCGAAAAGUGGCAUAGCGGAGCUGCACGAUGUGUUAAUGAAAUUCAAUUCCUAUUUAUCGUCAGUGGCCGGAAGCGUUCCGGUGUGCUGCAGCAGGUAACAACACGCGGCAUAGUGGCUUUCGUCCGCACCGCCAGCAGACAGUGCACGCGACACGGGUGGUAACCGACCGUACCGGUUAUAGUCAGUGAGUGAGUGAGUGAAUGGAGUGCAUUACUCUGCGCCGCCAGUGGAAGUGAAUGUGAAGAAUUCCAAGCAUCCCGAAGAUAUCCUCGACGUGCAAAUACCUAAACGCUGGCUGGCAGUAGAGUGUGGUUAUAACUCUAUUACUCCCCCGGAAAUCCACAGCAUCCCCCUGCAUCCCGUCCUCUCAGAAAGAAAUGACCACCAUCAACUACUCCAGGAUGUUCCGGGGUAAGAUUCGUACCAACACAUGCCGCAUAGUGCUACUCACAUCGUUGGUGUGGCUGCUGAUCGAUGUCGUACUGAUAAUGAACUACGCCGACUGCCUCGGUGGUUCCACGUGGCUCUGCAAGCGCGCCGGCGAGUACGAUGUAGAGCUCCCACACAGUGCACAACAGCAGCGGCAGGAUCAACCACAUUCGGCGGGAAGGGCCGCCGCAGCCGAGGACGACGAUCCCAUAGUGGACGAAGAGGAGAUUGAUACCAACUCCAACAACCUGGGCGCCGGGGAGCAGGGUUUCGACAGUUCGAUGCCCCGAACCUAUCGGCCGCAGGAGCUGAAAAAGUGGCGCCCCGCGCCGCAUGUGGGCGAAAACUACGGGAAACCCGGCGAGCUUGGCAAACCGGUGAAAAUCCCCUCCAGCCAGCAGGAGCUAAUGAAGGAGAAGUUCAAGGAGAAUCAGUUCAACCUGCUGGCCAGCGACAUGAUCUGGCUGAAUCGGUCACUGACGGACGUGCGGCAUCACGACUGCAAAAAGAAACACUACCCCACCAAACUGCCAACCACCUCGAUUGUGAUAGUGUUCCACAACGAAGCCUGGAGCACACUGCUACGCACGAUAUGGAGCGUCAUCAACCGGUCGCCUCGGCCUCUACUCAAGGAAAUCAUCCUGGUGGACGAUGCCAGCGAGCGGGACCACCUCGGCCACCAGCUGGAGGAAUACGUCCAGACGCUUCCGGUGCACACGUACGUCCUGCGGACCGGUAAGCGAUCCGGACUCAUCCGGGCGCGGCUGCUGGGGGCCAAGCACGUAAAGGGUCAAGUGAUAACCUUCCUGGACGCGCAUUGCGAGUGCACCGAAGGCUGGCUGGAACCGCUUCUGGCGCGUAUCGUGCUAGAUCGCAAGACCGUCGUCUGUCCCAUCAUCGAUGUGAUAUCGGACGAAACGUUCGAGUAUGUGACGGCGUCCGAUCAGACGUGGGGUGGCUUCAACUGGAAGCUGAACUUCCGAUGGUACCGAGUACCAGCUCGCGAAAUGCAACGGCGGAACCACGAUCGGACCGCCCCGCUCCGGACGCCCACCAUGGCCGGUGGUCUGUUCUCGAUCGAUCGGGACUAUUUCUACGAGAUAGGUUCGUAUGACGAAGGCAUGGACAUCUGGGGCGGAGAAAAUCUCGAAAUGUCCUUCCGGAUAUGGCAAUGUGGUGGCAUUCUAGAGAUCGCUCCCUGUUCCCACGUGGGGCACGUUUUCCGCGACAAAUCGCCCUACACGUUCCCCGGAGGUGUCGCUAAUAUCGUGCUGAAGAAUGCCGCUCGCGUCGCCGAAGUGUGGUUGGAUGAGUGGAAAGAGUUUUACUAUCAGAUGAGUCCAGGAGCUCGGAAGGCUUCCGCAGGCGACGUCAGCGAACGGAAGGAGCUUCGCGAGCGACUGAAGUGCAAGAGCUUCCGCUGGUACCUGGAGAACAUCUACCCGGAGAGUCAAAUGCCACUGGAUUACUACUUCCUGGGCGAGAUUCGAAACGUAGAAACGGGCAACUGCCUGGACACGAUGGGACGCAAGUCGAACGAGAAGAUCGGCAGCAGUUACUGCCACGGGCUCGGUGGCAAUCAGGUGUUUGCCUACACCAAGCGGCACCAGGUGAUGUCCGACGAUAACUGUCUGGACGCGUCGAACGCGCUGGGGCCCGUGAAUCUGGUCCGGUGCCACGGGAUGGGUGGCAACCAGGAGUGGGUGUACGAUGAAGAGGACAAGACUAUCAAACACGUCAACAGUGGGAACUGUCUGACGCGGCCAACGCAGGACGACCCGUCCACGCCGCUCCUACGACCAUGCAAGUACACCAAGGGCCAACAGUGGCUCAUGCAGUCCAAGUUCAAGUGGCAAGCACAGCACGACCACCGGCUCAACGAUGUGGACAGAUAAAACCGACCAAGCCCCGAGGGAACCUCCACCACCAAGUCAUCGUCAUUGUCAUUGUCAUCAGUGGCAUCGCCAUCAUCAGUAAUGGGAUUGAAGGGAUUGACACGUCAAGGUCGUCGUCAUCGUGUGGGAUUGAAGGCUAACACGCAUCAGCGAUAAUGUGAUUCCUUUUAUUUUUUUUUCGGUCCGAUAUAUCAUCGCAAUUUUCGGUCGUCCGAGGACUACUACUAUACAAUAGGGAAUGAACCUUUUUGCGGUUAUUUUAGUCGAUUUUGUAUCUUCUUGAUAGUGUAUAGGAGAAGUAAGCCAAGUUAUAGACAUUUUUACUAUUGAUUGAGUUUAGGAAUUAAUUAAGGAGAUAUUGCUAUAAAAGUUUGUUCCAUCGUCCGUGUUCGUUCGCGUGGCUGAGUGUAACCUGGAGUGAACGCGAUGAGUGCCGACCGACAGCAGCAGCAGCAGUAGGUGGGUGGGAUGGCACAAUUAAUGAACGUGACUAUUAGAUUUUUUGUUUCUUCUGCUAGACGACCGGGUGAGUGAACUUUUGUGCAGGACGGUAUGUCGAAAGACAUGGAAAUAUUUGCUAGAGGGAGAACCAUCCAGAGUAAUGUGUAAUGCAAGCAUCCCGACAGAAGGGUCCACAUAGCUGCGAUAGAAUGCCAGAAAAGAUCGCAAUGUACAUAUAAAUGAGAGUAAGAACGGUGCUUCUUUAACCAUUAUUACAAUGAAAAAUAUAUCAAUUGUCGGUUAAUUUGUAUUGCUAUUCCAUACUUCUAUGUACAUUUCAAACUUCAGAAUGCA